AUGUUGGAAUUUAUACAACUCCCUCUCGAACUAUUUUAUUUAAUUUUUCAUAAACUUGACGAACAAGCUUUACGUAGUUUAGCAAGAGUUUCACGUUAUUGUAAUAUUUUAAUUUCAGACAAUGUGGUUUGGAGUCGAAUGGCUUUAAACCGUUGGGAAGAUAAAGAGGGAAUGAGAGAAGUAUGCGAUAGGAAUCGCAGAUUUUGGUUUGAAAGUCCUGGUGCCUGGAAACGUGUUUAUGAUUUCGUUGAGAAAGAAGCAACGCGAAUUUCAUUGGACGCGAAUGACUUGGUUGAAAAUAUUUGGUACUGUGCGCCUAUUGAUAAUCCCAGGGACACGUUAGUGGAAUUCUAUCAAGACGGUACCUACAUUCAUCAUCUUCCUUUUAAACAGUAUUUUUCGUGGACCAUUGCUAGCGAUGGAUCUAUAUGUUUGAACCAAAAACCUUUUAGAUCGUACAGGUGUCCUAAUUGGAAUUUAAUAAUCUCAAAUGACUACUUGGUUUUUAAAUCAUCCGGCGCUGAAAGUUUUAAAAGAAAAUUAAGAGAAUUUAACUUUAUUGGUCCCGAGAAUUGA